AUGUCCUCUGGAAAGUCCGCAGGACCCGUGUCCUUCAAAGCAAAAAGUAUAAUAUGCCAAGCGAAUUCGAUGUUUAUUUCGAAUGUCAGCUGCAAUCUGAUCGCCGUUAGUUGGAUUGAGGCGACUUUCUUCAAGAAAGACAAUACCAAUCAGUUCAAGCCAUUCAUGUUCCCAUUCAACUUCAGUGUUUGUCACCAAGAUAUGAAGUAUCAACUCAUUCCCUUUUCGGAUCUCGUCAUUAAACAGCUGCGCACCUACACGAAUGUCAAUCACAGCUGUCCUUAUAUGGGACACAUGUUUGCCCGCCAACUAAUGACCGACGAAGGUCAAUUACCCAAUGUGCCCAUUAGCGAAUACAAGAUGAUAUUUCGUUUCUUUGAAAACUCGAACUUUCUGGGGCAAACCGUAGAGCAUGUUUCCGUGUCCAUCAACUGCCUCAACAUGGUAGCUUUACGCUGGGAACCUGGAUCACUGCUUGAAUCCGUUAGCCUCACCACCAUGGGACAGUUUGUGGUCUGCUGCAGCGGCUUCUUUCCACGUGGCGGUGAGUUCGUCAUCAACAAGUGGACACGUCUCUACUCCGUGUGCUGCGCCAGCUUGGCGGUGCUCGGUCUCUGCGGCUGCCUCUAUGCUAUUGGAUUGAACGAUGAACUGCGCAGCCGAGUGCUGCAACUGGAUAAACUCGUGUUGAGCAUCAUGGGCAUGGAGCUGGUCAUCUCCUCGCUGGUGUUUAUACUCACAGUGCUGUCACUGCAGCUGGGCGCAAAACAACAUCUUGGUAUCUACGAGCGACUGGCGGAGAUUGACAGGCGACUGAUGCGGGACUUUGGUGCCAAUCUCAACUAUCGCAAGUUGUCGCGCAAGAACAUCAUUGUGCUCUCCGUUGUGGGUGUGUUGUAUGUAAGUGCUGUCAAUACAGCUUUGGCACGCGGUGCUGCAGGACAUCAGUUGGAGGUGGUGGUGCCCGCUGCUUUGUGCUAUAUUCUGGUCACCAGUGGACCGCAUCUCACGGGCUAUGUACACAUGUCGCUCACCGAGCUGCUGAGCAUACGCUUUCGCCUGCUGCAGCAGAUCCUCCAACCGCAGUUUCUCUAUAAGCGCUUUGGCAAGGGGCCUCUGGUCGAGCGGCGUCUGCGAUCGCUGGUGGACAUCGUCAAGGAGCUGCACUACAUUAUACAGCAGAUCAAUGAGGUCUACAAUGUGAGCUUGUGGUCUGCCAUGGCUCACGACUUUACUCUGAGUACCAGUGAGCUGUAUAUCAUCUUUGCCCGCUCCGACAACAGCAGCAAUGAUGCCAGCGGUGUGAGCUUGAUGCUUCUGGGUUUCCUCUGCGUCUGCAUGCUGGUGCCCUUCUACAAGAUGCUCAUCGCUCCUGUCUACUGCAGUCGAAGUGUGGACGAGGGACGUCGUUGUCUGCGUCUUCUCGAGCAGCUGGACGAUUGGUUUCCUGACAGUGCGCCAGCCAAGCAGCUAGUCGAAGCGAUGAUGCGAUGGCGAUGGCAGUUUAAGGUGGAAUUCACCAGCGGCACAAGCAUCACACUCAAUAAAACUGUUAUUACACUGUUCGCUUCGAUUGUAUGCAACUAUUUGCUGGUGCUCAUACAGUUUGCAAUGACCCAGAAGCUGGGCGAACAGGUGGAGCAGCAGAAAGUCGCACUGCAGGAAUGGAUAGGCAUCUAA